GGAGGAAAGUAGAUCUUGGGUUGUAGUAAGUAGUCCGCUCUCGAAUACAUUAUUGAAAAAAUACAUACGUUUUGUGUGAAAAUGCACCACUGCAAGACUGAUAUUGCGUGAUAUUCGAUGAAAUAUCUGCAGCCUUUGUGAAUUGAAGGCGGAUACCGACGACAUUUUACGCGAUUAUGGUGUGAACUACAUGACAUGGCGGAGUAAUAACGAAUGCUCUCUUCGAUUUUCCCUCUUUUUUGAGAAAGUGCUCUGAGUUUUGGAAAUAUAGGAGGUUGAGCUAAACUGAACCUGGCUGAAAGGUCUCAGGGGCAGCGUCACUUUUGAAAGUUUGCUUUAGUGGUUUCAAACAGAUGACAAUUUUGCAAUGUCCGCAAUUUCGUUGUUUGUUUACCUUUUUGGUGGUUGGGUUUUAUGAACCGUGCUGUAAUUUUUACUGACCCGCGCUCCAGCAGUCGGCUGACGAUUUCAGGGACCGGGUCCUAUAACUAGAAUGCUACCAAGCCAGGCUGGAUCAGCACAAUCUGGAAACGGGUCAGCGUCUUUCAGGGAUAACACAGGUCACGGUUCUGGGGUGAUUGGGAUUCGCCCUGUGUUGGUCAGAGCAAGGCAAUCGAAAACUCGGGUCAGCGACAGCAUCAGUGCGGUGGGGAUGUUGGGGGGCAACAGUCCAGGAGUGGGUGCAAGAGGUGGGGCGAGACCAGGGAACGGGACGGGACCGACGAUUCCACAGACCGCUGCUCAGGGAGGCAUCGGUCUGAACAUGGGAAUUGGGGUUCGCGGAGGCAGCCGCUACGACCCUGACAAAGAGUGUGCGCCAAUGGGUUGCAGUGGGUCGGACGCUGAUUCAGACUCGGGGGAUGAAGACGAUCCGAUGGGUUCAAUCGGGGACAACAGAAGAAGUGUAAAGCGGGAGAGACUGGAGAUGGAGGCUGCGGUGACAGGGCAGGAGGCCGGGAUACCACCGGGGGGUUAUGGUGUGGUCCCCCAAGGUGUCGCUGGCGCAAAGCCAGGGAAGAAGACACGUGGGCGCGUGAAGAUAAAAAUGGAAUUCAUCGACAACAAGUUGAGGCGAUACACAACUUUUAGCAAGAGGAAGACUGGUAUAAUGAAGAAGGCCUAUGAGCUUUCCACGUUGACAGGAACCCAGGUCCUGCUACUGGUGGCCAGCGAGACGGGCCAUGUCUACACGUUUGCCACGCGGAAGCUCCAGCCCAUGAUCACCAGCGAGACGGGCAAGGCCCUCAUCCAGACGUGCCUCAAUUCUCCAGACUCGCCCCCACGCAACGACCCCUCCACUGACCAGCGUAUGAGCGCCACAGGCUUCGAGGAGACGGACCUUACCUACCAGGUGUCUGAGUCAGAGAGCCUUGGGGAGACCAAGUGGGAUGAAGUAAGUUACCCAAGACACUGAGAAAACAAGACGCUGAUCUAAGGCAAGUGUUGUGUUUUUCUCCAUAACAGUUACAGUGCCUUCAGAAAGUAUUCAUACCCCUUAACUUAUUCAACAUUUUGU